AUGGUCACAAGAAUCGACAUCGAUUGUCUUGUCAUAAUCUUAGAGUUUCUUCAAGAUUCUCCUAUAUCUCUCUUUUCAUGCGCUUUAGUCAAUCGAACUUGGUGCAAGAAUGCUUUACCUAUCUUGUGGAGAAAUCCAUGGCAUGAUUCUAUAAUCGAUGCCAAUGAUCCCAUAAGACGACGACGUUUGUUAAUCUCAAAAUACAUUGCAACUUUACCUUUUGCGUCAAAAUGUAUUCUUGUUCAAAAUAAAAUAUCAUUACCUCCUCCUAUAACGAACCCAAUUUUUGAAUAUGCUACAUUUAUUCGAUAUUUAAAUCUGGAUGCUUUGAAAUUGUCAAUUAAAUCUUGGAUUUAUGACUCAAGUUCUCCUAAAGAAUUUCAUAGUGUAGUCUGUCCACAGAUCACUGUCGUUGCUAAAGAAUUAUUGCAAUACUUUCUUCAGAAAACCCCUUUCGUACAUAGCAUCGAAGCAAAAUAUGGUAACGAUGUCCUUGAAAUCCUUUUAGACAUUCUGAAUACUAUGCCUGAAUCAAAGGCUCGUCUCGCUGAUUUGAGAGAAUUGAUUUGUCAUGGCGCGUUAAAAGUUAUUCCAACCUUCUUUUCCGAAAUCUCUCGUACAAGUAGAGGAAUUCAACGUUUAAUAAUUGAUCCUUAUCAAGAUACUGAACACUUGGCAACUUUAAUUAAAGCUCAAAAAAAUUUACGUGAAAUCACUAUCGGUCAUUCUUAUACAAGCCCUACUGAUUCCGCCAGUCGUGAUGCCGUUUUUAUUGCUUUAAGCAAUUCAAGAUCAAUAUCUCUUUUAAAAAUCAAGUACAUGUAUUUUCCAUUAGUUCAUCUUGCUAAUUUAGGAAAUUUGGAAGAACUAAGUUUACAAGGUUUUGGAAAACGUGAGAUUAUGAAUGAAAUCUGGGAACCUUUAUUAUCAAUACCAAUGUUAAAACUCAAGAAAUUAUUUAUUUCGAGUUUAUUUACAAAUGCUAAUUUAGAAAUAUUUUCAAAAUUCAUUCAAAAUUCUCCAAGAUUACAAGAAUUAACCAUUCGUAGUAGUAGAAUUUCUGAUCCUGAAAAUUCUAAAUUACUUCUUACUUCAAUUUCACAAGCAUGUCAAAAUCUUGUUAAAUUUGAAGGCCCAAUAAUGGAUCAAAAUGUUAAAGAACUUUCUCAAUUAUUAUAUUCUUGUCCAAAUCUUUCGUUCCUUUAUCUUCAUCCAUCAACUGAAUAUUAUUUCAUGCAAGAUCAAAUGGACUUUGAUGAUCUUUUAAAAGAAAUUACUCGUAUUCAACCUGCUCGAUUGGAUUUAUUAAAGAUUGCGAGAGGAUGGAAAUUUUCUGGUGAAUUAAUUGGAAGAUUUUUAGAAAGUAGAAAGCAAUUAGGAAAACAAAUUUGUCUUUAUUGGAGUCAAUCAAUUUCUACGAAUGAAAGAUUAGAUGAAAUUGUGAAAAAAUAUUAUGAUGAAGGUGUUUUCAUUCAUUAUAAUAGAAAUAAGUAUGAAGAUGUUGAUUCAUAUAUUAAUCAAGCUAUAACUAAAUCAACUAAAUCCUAA